AUGAAUAGUUCCGAGAAUUUAACAUGUAAAUGGAAUACAAGUUGUUAUUUCAUCGAUUCAAAUGGACAAUGUUUAACAAAUAACAUGGUGUUAGAUUUAAUAUUAAAAUAUGUAAAACCAACAACAUACGAAUGGAUGAUUAUCAUUUUGUAUAUUAUUGUUUUUAUUGUUGGUACAGUUGGAAAUGUACUCAUUUGUAUUGUUAUUCAACGAAACAGAAGUAUGAGAACUGUGACAAACAUGUUUAUAAUGAAUUUAGCCAUUGCUGAUGUAUUAAUACUUGUAUUUUGUUUACCACCAACUGUUAUACAAGAUGUAACAAAAACAUGGUUUUUUGGAUUAUUUUUUUGCAAAUUUACGGUGUCAAUAUCAGUUUCUGUUCUUACAUUGCUGGCUAUUUCUGUUGAAAGAUAUUAUGCCAUUGUGUAUCCACUUAAAUUUACUGGUACAAAACAACGUGCACGAAUUGUACUAUUUGGUGUAUGGAUUUUAUCUAUUUUACUUGCCAUGCCAGAUGUUGUAAUGAUGACAUUAAGUCAACAAUUUGAUCAAUCUAUCAAAACAAAUUAUUUAACAUAUUGUCAAUGGCAUGCAGAUCCUCUAUUUGAUUUGCUGUAUCAGUUACACAUAACACUUUGUUUAUUCGUUAUACCAUUAUGUUUUAUGAUACCUACUUAUACUGGCAUCGUCAAGGUCCUAUGGGGAUCAAUACCAACUGAAAAAAUGCUAUCGGGUAAACAACGAACUAUCAGUUAUAGCCAACAUACACUUUCAGAUGUUACUGUUCUUUCCGAUGAUGUAAGCGUUCAUACUCCUCUAAACGGUAUUCAAAAAUCAGCAAAUUUAAUUGUACAAGAAAAUAGACAAAAAGCAGCCAAAAUGUUAAUCGCUGUGGUAGUCAUAUUUGCCAUAUGUUAUUUACCAGUUCAUCUCUUCAACUUAUUCAGACAUGUUGGCGUCUACAUGGAACAUAACAAUGCAAAAAAAGAAAAAGUAAUAGUAGAUCAAGCUGACAUUUGUUUUGAACCAAAACUCGUUUCAUUAAAUCGUACUGGUACCAUCAAAAUUAUUACAAUAUCGGCACUUAUUUCUCAUUGGUUACCCUAUUUUAAUAGUUCAAUCAAUCCGGUCAUUUACAACAUUAUGAGUGAUAAAUUUCGUCGAAAAUUCAACGAACUUUCGCAAUGCUGUGGUCAGUAUGAAACAGAAACAACGUUAUUAAAACCAAAAAUGUUCAAAGUAUUAAAUACAAAUUCACCAGCAAUAAAGCACGAUAUCAAAGUUACCGCAUAUGGUAUACCACACAUAAAUAGAUUACCCACCAACUCUAACAACGCAAAUAAUAGCAUGCAUGAUAUGACUGCUACUAAACUGUUGACUACUCGAGAUCAUAAAAGAACUGGACAAUUUCGUUUAACAAAUGUAUGA